UUGCGCACGACAGCAUUGCGACCAAACAACAUCAACAUGAUUGCAAACAUCUCUCUCCUCUGCCUAUCCUCGCUUCUGAUUUUGAAUAUUGUUGGGGCUAAACCGAUAUCUAGUUUACAGAAUCUGAAUAAGCUGCUAGAGGACGAGGCAUUCGACUUGAAUGAAUCCGAGGUGGAUGGGAAGGAUUUGAGCCCAGAGAAAAGCGAUUACAGUGCGGGGGGAACGGGGCAUCCCUGGGAGAAUGCAGAGGGAGAUCCCGCUAUGUCUGGCAAGGAGAACGCGCUCGCGCGCCUCCUCAACGACAUCCUAUCCACGUCCAAGCGAUCCUGGAGCCGAUUCAAGAAGGGCGGACUGCGCAGCUGCUUCGGCGUGCGUCUGGAGAGAAUAGGCUCUUUUAGCGGUUUGGGUUGCUAAACCAAAAGGUUCUAAUGGCAAGGAUUUGCCCCUUACUUGAAGUCUUCGGGCAGAAGGACUAAGUGACCAGGUGGAACAUUGGAAGCGCGUUUACAACUUUUCUUUGGAGUAUUUAAUUUCGGUUAUUUUUUGUUGAGAUAUCAUUUGUUGUAUCAAAUGGCAUUAGAGAUGUACAUACUUUUUUAAUGGCAUUGACUGAUGUGAACUGUUUUAUCUAUUUAUCUAUUUAUUUCAUUGCUGAGACCUGUAGUCCUGGAAUUGAGUGUAACCCAGUAAAAUAAAUAUUUUGCAUAAUAAAA